AUGGAGCGACGCAACCUGCAUCGUGAUUUGGACAAGUGGCAUCGCCAGCAAGCCGUGUUUAUGCCCAAGGUUGAAUUGCCAGAUGCGGAGGAUGCAGAGGACGAGGAAGAUGACGAAACAUUUGGAAGACCGGAAACUGAGGCUUUGGCCCUGCCAUCGGACUUCAACAAGACCGAGCGCAAGGCCUUCGAACUGGAGGUGCUAGCUGCAUUUGAAAAAUGCAUCUGCAUCGGGCAAGUGCAUGACUUACUAAGUGCGAUCAAGGAGUCAUUGCGCCAUUGA